AGUUGAUCGCAACGUUCGGACCGUGCUACGGUCGCCCGGGCUUCUCGCCGCGUACCAUUUUGAAUUUUUUCACCAUUUUAUCCUCGAUUUCGAUAGAAUUUCCUUACGGUUUUCCCGUUCAAAGUGUUAGUGUCUUAUGUCUGAACCGUGUGCAGCCUUUCCAUAGUGCUUGUGCGUGUAGUUUCUCAACGCGACGCUGAGUGAUUCUGUGCAUUUCGUUCGAUGAGUCUCCAACGGUUUUUCCCACUCACCUUUUUACUGAGCCGUCCCUGUGUGUCCGUGUGAAUUGUGUUACCUUGCGUCUCGCCCGACGGCCGCUGUGUUUCGAGUAUUCGUGUUCGUUUUAAUUCAUCUCUUCAUUCAUCUUACUUAAUCGAUUGAAUCUGGAUAAGUUCCUGCAACUAGUAGCUGUCACCGUCGUGUGUAACGAAAAUCGACACACUUGUUCCAUUCUUUGAUUAUCCUUAACCCCGCUCCAAGUGCCGUGCCAGACCGUGCCUUAUUUCGAAGCGUUCUAAGUGUCAAAUUUUGUGAUGUCAAGCGUUUGACAAUGUUGUUGUCCUGCCGAGCUUGUUUUCGUGCCAGCACCUUUUCCUCUGCGGUGAAACUACCAGUGGUUUUUUUAAGAAAAAAAUAUUAAUGGAAUUCAGAUAGUAAAAACAGUGUUCGCUGAAUUGUUAUUAGUAGCUUCUGUGCUUGUUGUUUCGCCUAUUAUGGGAGCAACUGCAUCACAUCAGCCCUUGGAUAGACAUGUUGUCGCUAAUGGAUCCGCUUUCAAGCGCAGUGCAAGCUGCAGACAUAGCAAAUCAAAGAGCGGGCGGGGAUCGCCGCGGAGGAUGGAGCGAAUCCGUCGGAGUUUCAGGGAUAGUUUUCGACGUCGAAAGGAUAGCCACAUGCCUGAAGCGAGCAAACCCCACCAAUGGCAGUCCGACGAGAACGCCGUUCGCAACGGAAUCUGCGCGUUCCAUGUCAAGUACCUAGGCUGCGUUGAAGUUUUCGAAUCUCGAGGGAUGCAAGUCUGUGAAGAUGCCCUACGAGUUCUGAGGAAUUCUCGGCGGAGGCCUGUGAAAGCAAUAUUGCAUGUCUCUGGUGAUGGUUUGAGAGUUGUUGACGAUGAAACCAAAGGUUUGAUGGUCGACCAAACAAUAGAAAAAGUUUCAUUUUGUGCCCCUGAUCGGAAUCAUGAGAAGGGAUUUUCCUACAUCUGUAGAGAUGGAACAACUAGGAGGUGGAUGUGCCAUGGAUUUCUUGCCCUGCGAGAAUCGGGUGAAAGACUAAGUCAUGCUGUAGGCUGUGCAUUUGCCGUUUGUUUAGAGAAGAAGCAACGUAGAGACAAAGAAUGUGGUGUCACCAUGAACUUUGAUACUACGAACUCAACAUUCACUCGACAAGGCAGUUUUCGACAAGCCUCCAUCACAGAUCGGUUACCUGAUCCCCCUAAUAUCACCAAUUUAUCCGAUCAAAUCAACUCCAACAAUAUUCCAUUUGAAAAGAACAUCCUGAAAGAGAGCAACAAACAAGUUUCAGAAAUCAUUCCCACUUCCAAACCUGUUACCACUACUCCUAUGGGAAUCAUAAAUCCGCCGGUUGCGCCGGUAACUCCAACCUCAGCGCAGCAUAAUCCUCAUGCGAUUGAGCGACCGCACGCCACACCUUCCAUGCUACAACGACAGGGAUCAUUCAGAGGAUUUUCUCGAUUGAAUCAAGCCUCUCCUUUCAAAAGACAGUUGUCUCUCAGGAUAACGGAUCUACCCUCCAACAUAGAGCGCACUAAGAAUUUACAAAAUUUGAACGAACCGAAAACACCUGCACCAUUAAUUCAUUUAAAAACCCCUGUGAGUCCUAUUCCCGAAUCUUCACCUCAAAGUGAUUCUGUUAGUGCAAUGUGUCAGCAGCUAAGUUUUGGUUUAUCCCUGUUGACAAACAAAGAUGAUCUCUCCCUAAACAACAACAAUCAGAAAAAUUCUUCGACUGCUUUACUAGAUGACAUUUUCUCCAACCCUCCUGUGAUGGAAACAGUAUCAAAUCCUGCAAUUACGUCCGUGUUACCAGAAGCUCCAAAAAUCGAGCGGCCUUCGACUGACGUAUCGCUAAAUAUGACGCCACAGCAUCCUGUCCCUGUGAAAAGCACAAAUCCAUUCGUAUCUAGCAGCCCAAUGUUGCCUCGACCCCUCCCCAGACAAAACACAAAUCCAUUCAUAACGAGUAGUCCGACAUCCAACAUUAGUUCUAUAAAAGUGUUUGAAGCGCAUCUGUAGAUCGGUCUCCUUUUAGCUUGAAUUUGUGCUGUUAUCAACCGUGUACUUAAUACGAUAUUCAACUUAAAGGUACUUAUUUCCUUAUGCAUUCGUCAUCGGGACUUUGUUUAGUUCAUUCUGUUUGUAUAUAUCAUACAAAUUAUGUUAUAUUUCUAAUUCGUUUUUGCAAGUUCGAAGUUUUAUCAAAUGUUGAUGAAUAUAAAUUAUUUUGACGGGCGUUGUAGUAUGUCUGAACACAGUUUUUUUUUCUUUUCUUUUUUCUUUGGCAUGAUUGGAGGUCUUUCAAGUUUUUGAAGUAGUUUUAUUUGAUUCCUUGACUAAAAUCAAAAACAAAAUGCAUUUAUUUUAACAAUCAUGCUUGAUUCAGCCAUUACUACGAUUGACUUCUCUGUCGAGUCCCCUUUUAACAUCUUCAUCAUUUCUCUAAAAUUUUGCCCUCAAGUUUACUCCUUUCCUACCCGUUUCAGCUUUUCCAGCGAUUAGAAAUCAAUGUCGCAAAUUGAUCUGACGCUUCCACUAUGUGUGGCUCAGCGAGAGGUCUUGCUCAAUUCUAAUGCUUUAUGUUAAUUAAAUUAGUAGCAAGUAUUUUCAACACCAUACUUUAAAAAAUAUUGUAACUUACAAUAAAAUAUCGUAUUUUAGAAAGAUGUUUUAGGUUAAUGACAUUGUUUUGCAACAUUCGGGCCCAGCAAACAGUCUGAGAGAGAACUUUUGAAAAUUCUAAUUUGUUGAAAGGUAACAUUACUUACCAGGUCACUUCCAAUUAUUGUCGUAAUUUAGGUGUGGCUUUGGGUUAAUGAAGUAGCAAAUCAAAAAGUUAGAACAUGGAUCUGAAAUAUUGUAUCGACGCAAGGUUGUAAAUUUAGAAGAAGAAAAACAGUCAAUCAUCACAAUUUUUUCUUGGCUGUAGCACUUAAUGAAAAUAAGAGUCGGUUAUUCUGGAUGAAAAAAAAGAUAAAGUAAAAAGAUGCCUUGUUUUACAGCUAACCGAUUUUUGUCCUGUUCAUGUAACUCGUAAAAAAACUCAAUCAUUUUUUUUAAAAAGCAUUUUCAAAAAUGCCAGGAUUUUUUAUCCUAUUGUCUUUCAGCCAUUACGUUUGCAUUAGAAUGAAUUCACCAUCUUUUUAAGCUUGUGAAUUUUUAAUCAGUUGUAUAAAAAUCACACAAAUUUAUAAAAUCCUGAAACAGCACCGAUAAGAUAUGUUUCUGUAAGCGGGAGAUGAUGAUGAUAUGUGGUGAGACUAGUAUCACAGAACUCGCUCUUCUGAAGCGUUUUGACUUGUGUAUUUUUUAUUUUCUGGACUUGAUUUUCAUAUUAGGACAACGAUUUAAGAAAAUGACAACGAUGAAAAGAAAGUUGAAAAUGUGAGGCAUCUUUGAAAAUAGAUCGUAGAUAUUGCUUCUACUUACAAUGCAUAUUUUGGUAGCGCGUCACUUGGAAUUUGUCAUUUUGGCCAGAAAAUUGCUCCAAUGUCAUAGAUUCAUUUCUCAAAAUCAGACACCUUGGGUCGCUUCGUUCUGAGUUUUUCUAGAAUACCCUGGUACGAUUUUUGCUGUUGCGGCUUAGGUUUUUUCCUUGUAAAUCAUUGUGUUUAAAAUUGUUUUUAAACGUCCUGUCUGUGAUCAUGUUUUGAAUAGAUUUGUUUGUAUUGCUCGAUUAUUAUUCUUAUUUUUGCUUUACUGCUAAUAUGAUUUCAAUUAGAUGUCGUAUAAUCCAUACCAGAAUCAUUAGAGUUGGAGCUUUAGUUGAAAAUAAUAUUAAAUAAUAAGAAAGACUGGUGGCUCUACAUGCUAUUGUCUUACUCAUAACAUUAUUUUUGAAGUUUUAUCCUCAAAAAUCUUGUGGCUCUAGCCCAUACAUACAAUCGCCCACUUACCAUAUGGCAACCUUGAUUUUUACUUUUACCACAGCGAAUUGAUGGUGAAGCUGCAGAAAUGCGUAUCUCCGUUUUUGGCGUUGAAGACCUCCCAUCAUACUUUAUUUUCUACAUGGGAAAAUAUUAUAAAAUUUCUUGAAUACUUUGGUGAUCUUGCUUCUCAAUGUGAAAAAUAUUCGUUAAAAAUUUCAGGCCGUGAUGUUAGUGCGGUCUUCUUUUUAAAAAAAAACAGAAGCGAAGAUUUUAAAGUACCCUUACCGAGAUAUGCAUUUUUGCAAUUCCUUUUAUUCUUAGCACUGGAUGUAUCAUCUUGGAUCCUCGGUGGUGAGAACAAUAUGAUGAUUCUAGAAAUUAGGUACAAAACUAGGAAAAGUUUUAUCCUAAAUUAUUAUUUUCAUUUCUUAGUAUUUUGCCAGCAACUACAUAGGUUUGAUGUGAAUUAGAAAUCGUACUAAUCGGGGACAUUUUUUUUCCUUAAAUAUUUUCCAAUAGGUAUGUUUGACAUUCUAACAGACUGCUUUUUUGUGUCUGGGUGAUGACGUCAAAGCUCUUUCACAAAGAGAGAGUUAGCAUUUCCUAUCAAAAUGGUUCUCUCCCCUUCUUUUGUUUUCCUAAUUAAGAAACUUAGUUGAUCAGGAAGGAACUAAAUCGCAUUCAGAAAAGUGAAGAAACAGGAGUCUAAAGUCUUCCUUCAUAAUAAAUGACUGGAAUCCUUUUUGGCUUUGUUGUAAGUUUUUUGCAAGUAAAAGUAAUUUACUAGUCCAGAUCAAUAUCACUCUUAACUUUUAUUUUUCAAAUGUGACUUUGUUCGUCUCUGGUGAACUCCGCCUGAAUCUUGACUCAUUGCUAUUGCAAUGGUAGCAUGACCAGACAGAAGAGUGUAUUUAUUAAUUGCAAAACAUUGUGAUUUUACAUUAUUGAGUAACGUGAACUUAUAUUUUUUAAAGGAAAGUGUGGAGACUCACAUUUUCAUCAGUUAGUUUAAAAAAAUUGUCAAUAGCAAAAUAAUUAUUGUUCCUUCAGGUUAAGAAUCUAAUCGGAAGAACUGGAAGUUCAUAGAAACAUCUUAAAGUGCUAAAUUCCCAUUUUGUCUCAGGCCUUGGUUCCAUCGAUGUAUACUUGGCUUCUUUUUGUGAGCGCUUGCUUGCGUUCAUUCAAUCAUCAUACGCUACUCUUAUCGCUCUCUAUUAGAAUUAAUCUGUGACGUUAAAGGCUUUUAGCUUUCAAAACAUUUCAUAAAACUGAAUAAAAACGUCAGUUUUUACUAUGUAAUACUUUCUCAUUAAGUUUUAUGCUCCUCUCAUGAAAUAUUUUUUGAAUGUCCUGAUAAGCAUGGUUCAAAAAUGGAGAAUUUGCACAAAUAAUUUUUAUUGCCUCAUCUGAGGUAUAUUUUAUAAUUUUCUUCUGACCUAGAAAAUUGUAGAGGAACAGAUUUAAAAAUUAGAAUAUUUACCGUUUUGUGAGUGCUUGUGACGUCAUUAGGCAGCACUGCCCAUUUAAACACAUGUAUCUCCGCAGAUUAGAUCAUUUCUUCGUAUUUCCUGCAAUAAUUUUUCAGUUUAGAAACCAAGCAUAUCCUUUUGCUCAGUUCCCCUAGUAGCUCCCACUUAAACAUGAAAUUCAUAAAAUUUUGGACACCUGCAAAUUCUCCAUCAUUUCCUAGAAAAUGAGCACAAAGCUUUUUAUAACCUUACCCAUAAUCAUCAGCCAAAGAACUCAAAUUCUAUCAGUUUAUGUUGUAAUUUAAAGAAUAUUUGAUAUUCACUUGUUCUUUUUAAAUUUAAAAACCGCACAACAACAGUAUGUUUUGUACUGUUCCUUACCUGACAAAAGAACAUAACUUCAUUUCAACGUUGCCAAAUUUCCUAUACCCAGAAACUAUUCAACAAUUUUUACUGAAAAUUUCACAGGUUCAUUUAAGAAAGCAAAAUUUCGGGCACCCACUGUUCUGUCAUUUUUGUGUGAGGGAAAGGAUAGUGAAAGUGAAUUCUGUAACUUUGAAACGGAGAUAUUCCUUUGUCUGGGGAACAACAAUUUAUUAGCCAGGCAGUAGUCAUUAGAUAUUCCUGUUUCAAGUCACUCUGCAAACGUCUAGUUGCUGAAACAAGCAUUCUUGGAACUCGCAUUAACGUAGGAAGUUGAAUCAGUCACAGCAUUUGCAUUUUGAUCGCUAGCUCUCUCUUUUGGUUAAGGUAAAACGAGUGUUCAGUGCUAAUGGUACGGAUGCAGUUGCAUCCCUGAACUUUGUUGUACUUAAAAUUUAAAUAAGGUUCCUAAAUUAUGUGCUUUUGUAGCCCUCAUUUGUACGUACUUAGAUGUUUCCCAAGUGCUUACAGCUCGCAUUGUAAGAAAUAUUUUUAAUGAGCCAUAUUAGCUAUCACGGAUCAGAAUUCUUGAUUUGGUAUAUCAAAUCCCCUAAAAGCUGUCAUAAAUCAUUUUUGGUAGAAUUUUUUUGUUCUGUUCUACUUUUAAAUGAACAGUUGCAGCAAGGUCAAGAAGAGGAUAAAACGUCUAUAACCCAAUGGUAAUCAUUCCUCGUAUGUACGGAAAAAGCUAUAAUAAUUAGAAUAAUAGAAGGAUUAACUUUUUCUCUCCCUUUAGAGCAGAAUGGAUGAUCGUCCAUCAAUUCCGCAAAAAUAGAAUAAAACAGACUAUUUCUAAAAAUUAUUAUCUCAAAUUUUUCAGAAGUAAUAGUUUGCUUAUAAAUCACCUCCUACAUUUUUCCUAGCCACUUAUCGCUUUUUCUGUUCUGAACGCAUUUGUUCUCUUGCAUUAUUCUUUUCUCCAAUAAUUCGAUACUUAAAAAUGAAAUUUUUGCUCUAACAUAUUUAAUUUUGAGUACUUUUUUCUAAGAAAGGUUAUAUUUGUUUGAUUGUAUAUAAAUGAAACAAUUUUAUUUUUAUCAAAUUUGUUGAAGUAAAUAACCAACGGCAUUUUCGCCUAAAUGUCUGCUGGGAAUAAAUUGAUUGAAUGAUCGGGUUUUGAAAUUGUUCACAAUGCUCUGUUACACACUAAAAAUUGAGUAAAAAACUACUUUGAGUGUGAACUAUUCUUUCUGCUUGCAAAUUUAAGGGUAUCCUUGAGCUCGAUUGUGAUCAAGCAAUUCGAGCUGUGUAAGCUCACCGCAAAAUGAAGCAAUAAAAUCAAAGAAUUACACUUUAGACAUAUUUGAAGUUCGUGACGGAAAGAAUUGAAAAGAAAAAGGAUAACCUCAAGCUUUAUUAAUUUUAAAAGCUUCAUUUGAAUUUGUUGAAUUUCUAUUUUCGUAUUAUAUUUUACUGUAUUUGUUACUACGUGUCUUUUGUGUCAUUGAAGCCUUAGAAAUAAGGAAUAUCUUUACAAGUAAUACAGUAAGUUAUUAUCCAAGCCUCCUUAAAUGUUAGAGAGUAGUUAGACUGCAGUUUGUUGUAUUUACGUAGCCAUCAUUGUCAUCAGGAGCGCGUUAUUGUAAUUUUAUAGAAAAGGUCGUACAAAGUGUUAUGAUGCUAUUUCAAUCAUUCGAGGGUUUUGGGAUUGAGCCCAUAUUGUUUUUUCUCCCCUUUUUUUAUAUUUUUAAAGAAAUUAUCAAGAUACCCUCAAGAAAAUAAGUACAAUGUUGCAGUGAACUUGGGAUCCCAAUUGCCUAUCAUCCAUUGCCAAACGGUUGGCAUCGUUAGAGUCCGUUUGAAUUACCUAAUGACUUGCAUGUUUUCAUAUGAAUGCCCAAGGUUUCUAUCAAAGGCUCAUCAAUCUUAAGAGCUCCAUGAGGUCGUCAAGUUGCAUUUAGUGAACAGAAGAAUCAAACUGUAUCAAAUAAGUUUACUUUGAUAAAAUACUUAAUCAGCUGUCAUGACAUGAAGGCCUCCAUUGGUAACCCCAGUUAAUAUAUCUCAUAAUUUACUGGAUGAAGGAUAGUUAUGAAUUUAUGGUAAGAGAACGAAAAAUGUGUCGUGUCUCUUCAUGACCCUCGAAUGAGAGAAAUCGGAUUUACAUUGCCUGAAGGUUAUGAGGAGCUAAAGAGGUUUUUCGACUUAAUUAAUCCGCUUGGAUCAAACUACUUCAUAGCUUUACAUUGUCUGCUCCAGUUUCUCAGAAAAUAAUUUUUUCAAUGUGAUACCUGUUUUGAAGAAGAAUCGCAGGCCUUAUGUGUGAAUCUAUUGAAGCAUUUCCUCAUUAAAAUUUUGCCGUGGUCGUGAUUCCAAAACAAUGAAACUAAGUAGGAGACUGCAAUAUGAAUCAUGGAGGUCUUCCUCUUGAGUACCGUUGGCUUUAUUAUGGGAGGAAGUAAGCUGAUAGAGGAUAGUUGGGCGAAUUAUUCUGUCCAGUGAGAUCAGAGCUAGGUUUCAGUGAAGUAGAUGGAACAAGGUGCUAUUCAGAAAUGUCCCUAGCCCACCCCUUUACAUUGACUUAUGAAGGUAGUUUUUGAACUUUUUGUAUCUUAGCUGUACUGAUUAGUGGCACACCAGACUCCGCAUUCCUUUGAAUCUAAUUCUGUAGCCACUAAAGAGAAAAGCACAAAUAAAUGGUCUUAAAAUAAAAAAAAAAAACAGUUUAUCAAGUAAGGAACAUACACUAGUAAAUUCCAUAUUUUUUUGUUCUAAGUAGAUUAUGAUGACUGGGAGCUAAAACAUUUUUUAUAAGGAUUUUCAUACGUAUUUUAUUCAACUAGCUAUCGCACACAUCUGGGGCAGAUAGACUGCAUAAUUUUAUUCCUCCAUUUUCAUUUAUUUCAAAUUUUUUGCUGCUGUCUCGUUUACCUAUGUAUUUAAAUGAUAUUUCACAAAAACGUUUCAGUCUCAAACAUAUCAAAUUUUUUUUUACGUAUCGUGUUAAUGUGUUAAACUCUAAAAUGCAUCAUUCCUUGUGUACCUAAAUAUACCUUUUAGCAUCUCUGUAGUCUUUUUUGUCAGAAUUUAAGCUUUAACACUAUAUUAGUCAUUAAAUACGAUAAACAUACAUAUCAAAAAGAAUGUUUUCAAACUGCAUCAACCUUUACGGAAAAAGGUAAUUUUUACUUAAGUCUGCUGAUGCCAUAGCUGGAUAUCUACUAAGGAAAUUUUUUCUUUUUUUAAAGUUGUCUGUUCCUUGUUCCUUUUAUUUUUGUAUUUACUUUCUUAUAUUUUUUUAUUUUUAUUUUCUUCGUUUAUUAUUUUUUUUUAUUAUUUUUUAUUUAUUUAUUUAUUUUUUUUUUGUAAGUGGAAGGAAGGUUUUUCAAAAUUUUUGCCCUCAAAUUAUUGGGAAAAGUGUAUCAAAUCCUCAUUUUCGAGAGAAAGUUGUGUAAAUUAGAAAAUAUGAGUAGACUUGUGGCAUAUUAGCUCACCUCCUUGAUGUUUAAGGUUAUUCCGGAUUACUUCAAGCUACUUUUUUUGAUGCUGGAAAUGAUAUUGCAUUAUUUCCAUUCUUACUCUCCGUAUUGUUUAGAAAAAGCAUGUAUACUCAUAAUGAAACAUAAUGAAGAGCUGUAGCAAAUUCUCAACUCAGUUUGAACAGUUUAGCUUAGAGCUGUCAGAUACUUUUUCCAAUGGCCCAAUUAGAAAAUUAUUCUGUCUAAUUUAGUUGCGCCGCUUGACUGGUAAUGAAUAUCGUUUGUGUCUUGAAGUUUUUUCGUACGAAUCAUUUUUCAAGGAAAGGAUGAAUUUGUUAGCAUCUUUUUGUGAAUUAUCAACAGUAUGACCAUUUUACGAUAAUCUCUUAAAUUCAAAUGAUAAAAGUUGAAUGAAAUUAGGUUUUUCUUCUUUAGUUCGAUAGUGGAAUUAGCAUCAGUCCAUCCUAUCAAAAUUUGUCUCCUUACUAAUGUGUAGGAACAAUUUUUUGAAUUGCUUCUCCUUGUAGUAAGAGGAUCAGAUGUAUUGUAUACGUCUCCUGUUUCUCAAUCAUGCUGGACUUUAAUUAACAGCCUCAAGGGGGCGUCAAGCAGGCUCAAAUAAGUUGAAGAUCUAUUCCAAGGCUGAGCAUCAUAACUCUCAUGAUUAAGUUAUUGUUUUUCAAAUGUCUCAAUUGUUUUAGUGACCGUAUUAUAGCGUCAUACCUUUAAUCGAAAAAGCUUCACAUACUUGGACUCGGAGCCUGUGUUCAAAUCUGUGUAAUUUCAGCCUUUUAAUCUGUUAAGUGCAAUGAACUAUGAUUAUUUCUUUCUUCCUUCCUUCCUUCUCUAUCUUUCUUAGGAUCGAAUUGUAAUUGAUUAAGCCCAAGUUGGAAGAAUUGAUUUUUAGUAUUUUUUCACGGAACAUUGUCGAGGAGAACUUUAACUCAAUUUAUGCGGAUCUUCUUCAUUUCGUCCUUCACUCUUGCGUCUUGGGGUUAGUUGAUUAAGUAAUUGUUUCUGUAAAUUUUAUAUUUUCUUCUUGUUUAGUUGUUGUAAGCUUAUUUCUUUUUUAUUUUUAUUUUUUACUUUUUUAUUGUGAAUAAAAAAUAUUUUUGUACAUACUUAUCGACAAAUGAAAUCAACAUGUAUUUUAGUUUGUAUAUUACUUUUAGAAAUGUUAUGUUUUUAAGUUUUACGUAAUAAAUAUGACAUCGGCCAAAAGUA